CUUCAGAAAGUUCCUUAGCAACCCUAACAGAAACAACUGUAGCGUUAGCCAGCUAUCUGGCAAAUGUUACUCGGUAUAAGUGACACAGUGCUAAACGUUUCAGGUUUUAUUCGUAACAUUACUGACUUUCUCAUGUGCACAAAUAUGAGAGCCUUAGAUAUUUCCAAGGACAGAAUGGGGCUGAUAACCGAAGGAUUUACAGUGAAAUCAACGAUGAAGAACUCUGUGGUGGUGGGACCCCCUGCAGCGGGGGCGUUCCGGGAGCGCCCAGCCAAACCUACGGCCUUCCGGAAGUUCUACGAGCGCGGAGACUUCCCUAUCGCUUUGGAGCACGACACCAAGGGCAACCGCAUCGCCUGGAAGGUGGAGAUAGAGAAGCUGGACUAUCACCACUACCUGCCUCUGUUCUUUGACGGGCUGUGUGAGACGGUCCACCCCUACGAGUUCUUCGCCCGUCAGGGGGUUCACGACAUGCUGGAGCACGGCGGAACCAAGAUCCUCCCUGUCAUCCCCCAGCUCAUCAUCCCCAUCAAGAAUGCCCUGAACACCAGGAACCGCCAGGUGAUCUGCACCACGCUGAAGGUCCUGCAGCAUCUCGUGGUGUCAGGUGACAUGGUGGGCGAGGCCUUGGUCCCCUACUACCGGCAGAUCCUGCCCAUCCUCAACAUCUUCAAGAACAUGAACAUCAACUCUGGGGACGGGAUCGACUACAGCCAGCAGAAGCGGGAGAACAUCGGUGACCUGAUCCAGGAGACCCUGGAGGUGUUUGAGCGCUACGGGGGCGAGGACGCCUUCAUCAACAUCAAGUACAUGGUGCCCACCUACGAGUCCUGCAUGCUCAACUGAGCAUGACUCCCCCCCCCAUUCAAACACACACACACACCUCUACACCCCCCCCCCCCCCUAGCCUGUUACCUAUUAAAUUCACAACUGCAGGUCAUUAUAGUUUUUCAGCUGUCUGUGUCUCAGGAUGCCACGGCAUGUUUGUACUGCUGUCACACUAUCCUCUGUGAAAACAGUAGUUCAGAAAGCAAAACAACAGAACAACAAAGUAACCAGAAAACAAAAACAACUGUGUUUGUCUCUCAUUAAAGCGUGAUUGUCAGAUUCA